AUGGACAACAACAACACUUUUAGUUCUCUAGAUAAUGUCAUGAGUAACCAAAAUAAUCUGCUCAUGGAUUUGAUACCUUCAAGAGAAGAUUCCACUUCAUUUUCAACAAUGCUUCCAUGGAAUUCCAUGAGACCAGAUCCCCUACAAAUGGGUGGAUUUGAUAUCUUCAAUUCUUUUCUCACUAAUAAGUACUUAUCAUCUACUUCAAGCUCUAUAAAUGUUCAAGAAACCCGCCAUAUCGAAAGCUUUGAGGCCAUGGCUCCUCCUCCUCUUCCUCUUCCUCCAUUUCAUCAUUUGGAUCAUUUAAGACCAUAUGAUGAUUCCUCAAACAACAUGUGGAAUCUUGGAGAAAAUAGUGGAUUUCAUGCAUAUUCAUGUGCACAAGAUGUUGUUGGUCCUAGUGAACCAAUAACAUCUACAUUUGCUGAAGAAGAUGUUUCUGAUGAGUGCUCAGAGAUAAGUCCUUAUGCUGCUGCUAAAUCUACUAAAAUAACCUCAGAGCAAGCUUCUUCCAGCAGCAAAGACAUUUAUAAUAAUGUCUCUCAAGUUAUCUUUGGCUCAAAGUACCUUCACUCUGUUCAAGAAAUACUAUCUCAUUUCGCCACACACUCCCUCAACAACUUAGAGAAUAAUCCUCAAUGCUAUCUUUCAUCUCAAGAAACUGAGUCAUGUGCUGCUGAUUCAGCUUUUACUUCACGUUUUGAGAAUCAAACCGAGUUUCUUGAAGGAGGUUUUGAUCAAAGACGAGCAUUAGAAGCAAAGAAAACUCAUCUCUUAGAUCUUCUCCAAAUGGUUGAUGAUAGAUAUAGUCAUUGCGUUGAUGAGAUUCAUACGGUUGUAUCAGCAUUCCAUGCAGCAACCGAGUUGGAUCCUCAGCUACACACCCGGUUUGCACUCCAAACCAUCUCAUUCCUAUACAAGAACCUGAGAGAGAGAAUCAGCAAGAAGAUACUUAUGAUGGGAUCAGUUUUGGAAAGAGGAAAAGAGAAGUCUCAAGAAGACUCAAUCAUCCACCAGCAUUGCCUUCUUCAGCAGCUAAAACAUAAGAACCAUCAGAUUUGGAAACCACAAAGAGGCUUGCCUGAGAAAUCAGUCUCGGUUCUAAGAACUUGGAUGUUCCAAAACUUUCUUCACCCUUACCCACAAGAUUCAGAGAAACAUCUUCUUGCUAUACGAAGUGGAUUAACAAGAAGUCAGGUAUCAAACUGGUUUAUAAAUGCACGGGUUAGGUUAUGGAAGCCAAUGAUAGAAGAGAUGUACGCAGAAAUGAACAAGAGGAAGCUGAAUCACACUCACCUUCAAGGCAAUGAAGGAAGUCAUAGGAUACCAAAGUCCAUAUAUAAUGAUGAGCCAAGAAAGAGACAAAUAAGAGAAUGAGUAUGUGGUAACUUGUAACGCAAUCGCUACUAUGAUUGUCACUUUGUCACACAAACUACGUAUUAUGAUUGUUUUAUGUUAUAAUUUUGUAUAUAGAACUUCUCUUUUAUCUCAACUAUAUUUUUU